AUGGCUCCGCCGUCCUCGAGCCCUCUCCAAGACAGAGCGUCUGACGACGAAGAACUUGACACAAGUGAUAAUGAUCCUUACACGCUGAAGAAAGGUCAAAUAUCAUUAGGUCUGAGCACGAGGUACAGUCCCACGUGGACACCUGAACAUGCAUUCAGAGAGCUUUAUCAAAACUGGAAAGAUGGUAUCCUCUCUUCCUUCAAACUGGAUAUCAAUCUCUUUAAACCUGUCAUCACAGAGGAUGAUUUAUCCAUCGACAUCACUGUUCAUGCCCAUCUACCAACAAGAGUCGCGCCAGCACGGAACCAACCUUCACAACUACUCGGGUAUAUCACAUUCAAGAAAAAGACAGGACUUCUUGAAAUGAGCAAUUUCCAGGCGAAGCUAGAAAGAGAACAUCUCGAUCUUGGAGAAAGCAGUAAAAGGGACGAUGAAAACCUUGCAGGCUUUCACGGUGAAGGCUUUAAACUCGCUGCAUUGGUCAUGGUCCGAAAUGGCUAUGGAAUGAAAUUCGAGUCGAAUUCUUUCUACUGGAAUUUCGUACUACGCGGACAGAAUGGGCAUGAAAUCUUACACUGCAGUCUCAAUCCGAGAUCACUUGAAAUGCUACGCAGAGAGAAAGCACGUUUUGCGACACUGAAAGGUUCAUCAUCUUCUUUCCGUCGUUCUCUAUCGCCGAAUAUUUGGGAAGAUACUACUGUGAAGGUGGGGGCUCUCAAGAAUAAUCGCUCCGCAAUUAGUUUGACAGAUUUUCGUAAGUGGUUGACAGUCACUCUUGACCUGCAGAAAUUUGGGGAGAAUGACAUUCUACGCGUUCGGUCUGGAGACCUGAUCCUCGCUGGAGCUUACAUAGGUGCAAUCUACCUGAAGGGCUUGAAAGUUGAGGAGAAUCGGUCCAGUUCUGCAUACUAUCGAUUUGGCUACAAUUUCCACCAUGGGAAAAUAAACCGAGACCGAGAGAAAAUGAUGGAUCGACACGAGGAAGCACAAAUGGUUGCAGCAAUCUGGCAAGAGGCUAUGUGCCUGAACGGAUGGAGCAACGCAGUCGCAGACCACUAUUUCCAUCUGUUACAAGAUGAUGGUAAUCCGGGCGACACCUUUUCAGCCAGCAAAACCGUUUCGAGACUUACAAUGGGCAAACUAUGGGACUACAUGAGAAUAACGUUCCCCGACUCCUUUUUCUUCUCCUCGGAUGAAGAUAGCACUACCUCAAAUGCUAUGACCCAGGAUGCUAUCAUCGAAAAAGACCUUGGCAAGCGCCCUUAUAAACUCAAGAGUGUCUUUUGGAAGCUUCUCAAAAAGUACUCGCUGGUCCGCACGCCACAUGAAGAACGAGUCUUCCUCUUCUCUCACUCACCACCAGUGUCGAUCCCAAACCAUACGUUCAGUAUUCAGGUCGAUAGAGCACUCAGAUGUGCUUUGAAAUCAAGCGUAGCUUUGGAGCACAUCAAUAUCCAGGUUGUGAAAGGUAGGUCCUUGAAUAUUGAUGUGCUAUUUCAAAGUACCGGCAGUCUCCUCAGAAUCCAUGAUAAAUGGCUUGCAUCUUCUGAAGUCCACCAGAACAGGCAAUGUAGCCUUUUUGAAGCCAAAAAUGGCUGCUUGUCCUCCGAGGACAUCUUCUUAUGCGAUCAUGCAAUCAACGACCUAAUUGAAAUGGUUGCUGGGGAGGUUCAGGGUCCAUUGAAGCUCGAACACGGAGAAUGUCAAGCCCUAAGGAGCACUAUAGCAAAGAAGCUCCAGGAGAUGCCCCGAGCGGUUCGUAUGAAAGGCACAGGAAAUCCUGAUGAGCUCCUUGUUUCGUGGGCGGGAGCCCAGAGCCGCGCGUUCUCAGACAACUACGGCGAAUACAUUGAUUAUUCCGUCAUUUUGCACAAGACAAGUUCAUGUGAGGCGAAGAAGAAUGCUCUGAUUAGCGAUACUAGAGCAGGACAUAUUGUUGACUUAUUCUCUGGUGCUGCGCAACCUGCUGAUCCCUGUGGAUGCCCGCGUCAAACCAUUCCUGGAAACAUAUUUCACGCCCUUUUUCGAGGACUUGACACUCGCGAGACUUAUUUCCCGAUGGUGUCCCGUCUGAAUGCUAUGGCAUUCUACGCCUCUCCACCAGCAGCCAUUCAACCUGCCCAGGCAGCCGUUCGAUCCUCUCGAAAAGCUAUUCAACCUACCCAAGCAACUGUUCAACCGGCCCAAGGAGCUGUUCAAUCUGCCCCAGCAGUAGUUCAACCAGCCCACAUGACAGUCCAAUCUGCCCAAGUAGAUAGGCAUGCCGAAGAUUGUCGGUCUUGGGAAACAUGGAACACCGAGCACCUUCCUCAGCUUUACGGAACCUUCGUUGAAUGCCGUGAGGCAAAAAACUUCGAUGCGACAAGUCUUAAUAGCCUUGAAUGUGAGCACUUGGACUAUACCUUUGAGAACAACGAAAACGCCCUGGUUCUCAUUGAACAGCACGAUUCUCGUCGCUACGUCCUUUUGAUACAUGACAUUCUCAGAUAUGGAAUCGACGACAAUGCUGUGUACCGCCUUGUGGGCACCAAGUAUUCCUUUCUCGCAGACAUUGGUGUCUUCAAUAAGAUGAGAGGGUCUAGUGAAACAAUUGGCAACAAGGAGCUCAUUCUACAUUUUGAAGAUUUCAGUCUGAUGGGAACGCCAAUCGACGCCGAGAUGAUUGACGUUGCAGACAUCGCCUUAGUCCAUGCAUCUGACGAAGCAGCCAUCAAGUUUAUCGCUCCUUCGCCCAUGAAUGAAGACAACUCUGGGUUCUUCUGCCGAUAUGCAAUUCAAGCUUCACAAGACCCAAGUGGCACGUACCUUACAUCUUUGGCGCCUCAUCUCAUCAGAUGGAAAGGUCGCAAGUUCACAACUACGUCGCUAUCACCGUUGGUUUUUGACUUAUCGCCAAAUGUCCUCGGGACCUCGGAGGGCUUCGCGCAAGCCAAUUUCUCAAUUCGAGCAGCUCUAGGCUUCGACAAUGUCAAGGACGCCACAUGGAAGAUUCGUCAUAACAACAGUCAAGUCUUUGAUGGCAUACCUACUGAUAUUUUGAGAGAUUUCCAAAUGUCUCGACUGCAGGAUAUCACUUUGUCGCAGCCAGUCCCUCCUAAAGUUGCUCUCAUUUCAAGCGGAUCAGAAUAUUUCAGGUUGAACCGUCUGAAUGAAGCUCUUCCCACGAUCGAGGAGUUUUUGAAGCCUCUGACAGAUAUUAGAGGUGUCGCACACGCUCUCGAGCCUGAUUUCUACGUUAUGCUACUCUCACCAGCCGUUUUACAUCGUAACGCUGUAUCAACGUUCUCGGCCACGAUUCUGGAGCUGUUGGAGAAGAGAAUGUCUGUGCAUCUCAGACUUUUCUCACUCAAAGACCUAGGUCUCCCCCAGUCCAGGAACAUCUUGGUUGUUACAGCAGGUCCCUUUUCGAAUGCCUUGUCAAAUAUCCGUUGGCGUUCGGAAGACGACGCUCGCUUGUCUAUGGCUGACGUACUGCGAGAUCUUUCUUUCGAAAAUCCACGUAGCAUCCACGGCGGUGAUGUUGGUCUUGUGUGCUCUCGAAUUGGGGAACCCGGGUACAUCUUCAAUCAUAAUACCGGACGACAUCCAUCCGGAGAUGAUCCGAGUGUUAUUGAGCCCGACUCGGAUAUCGCUCUUCAUCUUGGGCGUCAAUCAUGGAUACAUCCAGACCGCAGAGAUCGUCUGACUGUCCGAGAACUUGCACGCAUCCAAGGAUUCCCCGACGACUUUGUGUUUUUCGGGUCAGAAGACUUGCAAUAUGAGACUGUGUGCCGAGCUGUACCACCAAUCGUCGCGAAGAAGGUGGCUCAAACGAUUCGUCGGGUCAUUGAGAGAUACACACAAGUGGGAAGGGUGAAGCUCGGACAGAUGCCUCGAGGUAAUAAACGGGCCAAGCUUAAUGACGAUCAAAAGGAGUGA